UACCACCGGGCUCCUUCACCGGCAAAGUGGAAAAAGAAGUAUUUCACAACGAAUUCCUCUUUUGGGGUUGGGGGAUCGCAGUGGAUUAUAAUUCUGUUUUCUUCUUUCCAAAACUGUGCGCCCCUGGAUGAAAGAGAUCUGCAGGUGGUCUGGGGUUCAAUGCUCUAAAAAGGUCCAAGGCUUGCGGCUUGAAUUAUUUUAACAAAGCUGAAAUAAUUGAAGAGAAGCAGAGGCCGGUUGUUUUGAGGAUCCUGCUCCACUGAGAAUGUUCUGCACCCAUUGAUUACCAACACCACCUUCUGAGAUGAUCCUGGUUCCCAGAAUGCCUUUGGUGCUGCUCCUGCUGCUGCCUAUCUUGAGUUCUGCAAAAGCUCAGGUUAAUCCAGCUAUAUGCAGGUAUCCUCUGGGCAUGUCAGGAGGUCACAUUCCUGAUGAGGACAUCACAGCUUCCAGUCAAUGGUCAGAGUCCACAGCUGCCAAAUAUGGAAGGCUGGACUCGGAAGAAGGAGAUGGAGCCUGGUGCCCUGAGAUUCCAGUGGAACCUGAUGACCUGAAGGAAUUUCUGCAGAUUGACUUACACACCCUACACUUUAUCACUCUUGUGGGGACCCAGGGGCGCCAUGCAGGGGGUCAUGGCAUUGAGUUUGCACCCAUGUACAAGAUCAAUUAUAGUCGGGAUGGCACUCGCUGGAUUUCUUGGCGGAAUCGGCAUGGGAAACAGGUGCUAGAUGGAAAUAGUAAUCCGUAUGACAUUUUCCUAAAGGACUUGGAGCCACCCAUCGUAGCUAGAUUUGUUCGCUUCAUUCCAGUCACUGACCACUCCAUGAAUGUUUGCAUGAGGGUGGAACUUUAUGGCUGUGUCUGGCUAGAUGGCUUGGUGUCUUACAAUGCUCCAGCUGGGCAGCAGUUUGUACUCCCUGGAGGCUCCAUCAUUUAUCUGAAUGAUUCUGUCUAUGACGGAGCUGUCGGGUACAGCAUGACUGAAGGACUGGGCCAGUUGACAGAUGGGGUGUCUGGCCUGGAUGAUUUCACCCAGACCCAUGAAUACCAUGUGUGGCCGGGCUAUGACUACGUGGGCUGGCGGAAUGAGAGUGCCACCAAUGGCUACAUUGAGAUCAUGUUUGAAUUUGACCGCAUCAGGAAUUUCACUACCAUGAAGGUCCACUGCAACAACAUGUUUGCUAAAGGUGUGAAGAUCUUUAAGGAGGUACAGUGCUACUUCCGUUCUGAAGCCAAUGAGUGGGAACCUAAUGCUGUCUCCUUCCCUCUUGUCCUGGAUGAUGUCAACCCCAGUGCUCGCUUUGUCACAGUGCCUCUCCACCACCGAAUGGCCAGUGCCAUCAAAUGCCAAUACCAUUUUGCUGACACCUGGAUGAUGUUCAGUGAGAUCACUUUCCAAUCAGAUGCGGCAAUGUACAACAACUCUGGAGCCCUGCCCACCUCUCCUAUGGCACCAACAACCUAUGAUCCAAUGCUCAAAGUCGAUGAUAGCAACACACGUAUCCUGAUUGGCUGCUUGGUGGCCAUCAUUUUCAUCCUCCUGGCCAUUAUUGUCAUUAUCUUGUGGAGACAGUUCUGGCAGAAAAUGCUAGAGAAGGCCUCCCGGAGGAUGCUGGAUGAUGAAAUGACUGUCAGUCUUUCCCUGCCAAGCGAGUCUAGCAUGUUCAACAAUAACCGCUCCUCAUCACCAAGUGAACAGGAGUCCAACUCGACUUACGAUCGCAUCUUUCCUCUUCGCCCUGACUAUCAGGAGCCAUCCAGACUGAUACGAAAGCUCCCAGAAUUUGCUCCAGGGGAGGAGGAGUCAGGGAUCUCCAAAGAUGCCUUUUGGAAUGCCUUUCUCUUCCCAGGCUGCAGUGGCAUUGUGAAGCCAGUUCAAACCAGUGGACCGGAGGGUGUGCCCCACUAUGCAGAGGCUGACAUAGUAAAUCUCCAGGGAGUGACUGGAGGCAAUACCUACUCAGUACCUGCCGUCACCAUGGACCUGCUCUCUGGAAAAGAUGUGGCUGUGGAAGAAUUCCCCAGGAAACUCUUAACUUUCAAGGAGAAGUUGGGAGAAGGCCAGUUUGGGGAGGUUCAUCUCUGUGAAGUGGAGGGAAUGGAAAAAUUCAAAGACAAAGAUUUUGCCCUAGAUGUCAGUGCCAACCAGCCUGUCCUGGUGGCUGUGAAAAUGCUCCGAGCAGAUGCCAACAAGAAUGCCAGGAAUGAUUUUCUUAAGGAGAUAAAGAUCAUGUCCCGGCUCAAGGAUGCAAACAUCAUCCGUCUCUUAGCUGUGUGUAUCACUGAUGACCCUCUUUGCAUGAUCACGGAGUACAUGGAGAAUGGAGACCUCAAUCAGUUUCUUUCCCGCCAUGAGCCCCCCAGUUCUUGCUCCAGCAAUGUAUCCUCUGUCAGUUAUGCCAAUCUGAAGUUUAUGGCUACACAAAUUGCCUCUGGCAUGAAGUACCUUUCCUCUCUUAAUUUUGUCCACCGAGAUCUGGCUACACGAAACUGCUUAGUGGGUAAGAACUAUACCAUCAAGAUAGCUGACUUUGGAAUGAGCAGAAACCUAUACAGUGGUGACUACUACCGGAUCCAGGGCCGAGCAGUGCUCCCUAUCCGCUGGAUGUCUUGGGAGAGCAUCUUGCUGGGCAAAUUCACUACAGCAAGUGAUGUGUGGGCCUUUGGGGUGACUCUGUGGGAGACUUUCACCUUUUGCCAGGAGCAGCCCUAUUCCCAGCUGUCAGAUGAACAGGUUAUUGAGAAUACUGGAGAGUUCUUCCGAGACCAGGGGAGGCAGAUUUACCUCCCUCAACCAGCCAUUUGCCCUGAUUCUGUGUAUAAGCUUAUGCUCAGCUGUUGGAGAAGAGAUACAAAGCACCGUCCAUCGUUCCAAGAAAUCCACCUUUUGCUCCUUCAACAAGGGGACGAGUGAUGCCAUCAAUGCCUGACAGCAUUCCAAUGGCCCAGUUUCUUUGCAAGACCUACCACUCAACCAUACCUAAGCCACUCCAUCUGGACAAUUUAAUGGAACUGAGAGACACAGGCUUUUUUGCUUUGUUCCCUCUCUGUCCAUCACCUCCCCCAUGCCACUCCUUUACUCCCUACCACUGACUCAUAUAUACCUUUUUUUUUUUUUUUUUUUACAUUAAAGAACUACAAAAGAGAAAGAAGAAAACCUAGGGCAGAUAAAAUCUAGUAAAAAAAUCUUGAUAUACCAAAGAGUUAGAUAACAAAGGCUAGAAAAGUACAUAUUCAGAUAAUUUAUAAAGGUUAAAUAUGCUUAUGUUUAUAAAUGUGCAGAUUCUUCAAUAUUUUUUCAUGUUACCUUUUAUAAAUUAUCUUCAGAAAUAAAAAAAAAUUGAAGAAUACUAAUGUCUUGGGAAACAUGAGAUUAGGCUUAGGGAAAACAUGUAGUAACCACGGAGAAUCAGAGGACUUGAUAUAUAACAACUUAUCACAGAUGGUUUUCUGAUUUGGCUUCUGGACAUGUCCCAUUCUCUGAUUUCCCUGUUCUAUCAAAGUGAAUGAUGCAUUCUGAAAUGGUCCUAGUUUCUUGGAAUUGGUAUUUUCUUCACUGAUGGGCAGGGGUCAUGGUUGAAAUGCAUAUAUAAAGUAACAGAGGAUAUGGAUAGGAAAGAAUGUCUGUUGCAAGGCUAAAUGUAGGGGAACAGUUAUUUUUUUAAAAGUAUCUUCUGCAUGGAAGUAUUCUUGAAUAGAUAAUAGCCAUUAUCUAAGGAGUUCUAUGAAGAACAGAUAACAGGUAUGCUAUUUAAUAUUCACUUGUGAGGGUCCUUUUCUUUGUCUUGUUCAGAAAUUUUCAUGCAUGUGUUUUGGUGGGCAUCAAUUUUUUAAUUAGUAAAGGCUGGUGUUUUAAUAUCUUGAUGAUAGACCCUUUGGUUCACCUUGUACAAGUUUCUGUUAAUGGGUAACAUCUCUGGAUGUGUGGGCUGGAGACUGAAUUUCUUAGAUAUGAAUACCUAAAGUCCAUGUAUAACAGAAAAUAGAUCUGUUCUGAAUUCCCCCAAAAGGUUGACCCAGAACCAAUGAAGGGACAUUAAAGGGAAACUGAAUUCUAUUCUAAAAAGGAUAAAUACAGCCAGUCAAGAUAUACAAGAAUGAAUGGGAUACCUCCAGAGAUGGGGAGUCCUUUGUCUUUUGCAGAGGAUCAGGUAUAGGCUAAAGAACUAUGCAAGAAGUUGAAGGUUUUCAAAUAAAGGAAAGAGAGCUAUAUUAGACAAUAUUUAAUGUUUUUCUAACCCCAAGAGUCCUUGAUUCCAGAGAUGUAUAGGAUGACCAUCCACUGCUACUGCUUCAUUUUCAUCUUCUUGUCAACAAGAUGGUAUAGCCAGCAGAAAAACAAGAGGCUCUGAUUCUCAGAAUUCAUGGAAAUGGGUAUACUGUUGAGUAGGACUCUCCUUAGAGAAGAUUCUGAGUUUUGACACUUCAUAAAUUUUCAUAUUCAGCAGGAAAACUAGAAAAGGGGACCCUUAAUUCCCACUGAGAAAAAAUAAGAGAAGAUACAGAAGUAGCUUCCAAAGGCGACAAGAAAUAGUCUUGACCACUUGGGUCUCCUUCUGUUGCCUCCAUGGUCUGCCUUCUCAUAGUCUCUUAGGAACUUCAGUGUUUCUCCAUUUAGCUUUCAACAUUGCUCCAACCCCUGCAUGAACAUAAAUCUAAGUCCCCAACUUUCAUUUGUAGGUAAUCUCCUGACUAUAGCAAAUGCCCUUUCCACAUGGUUGUUCUAAGACUGGGCUUCAGUCUCUUUAAUGAUAAACUUUGGUUUAAGAGUCAGGAGAAUGUUUGCUUGACCAUCUUUUGCUUCAAGUCAAGUGUGCCUUCUUGUUUUUCUGAAUUUUGUUUCCUUAUCUGUAAAAUGAGGAAUUUGAAUUAGAUGGUAUUGAAGUGCUUACUGGAUAACUGCUUCUAUAACUGAUGUGGAUUCAGUAAUCUGGUCAUUUCCUGUUCUGGAAAAUGGGGUUGGUAGAAGAGAUCUUGGGAGAAGUUACUGUAAUAGUAGUAACAAUGGUACCUGCAUCUGUAUACUGCUUUAGUGAUACCAUUUCUAUAAUAUUUAUCUUCUUUGAGAUGUACAGGGCAAGACAUGUUUUCUAAUGAAAUCUGCCAUCCUCUGAUCUCAAGGAAAGUGUUAGCUUCCUUAGAAAUAAAAGGACUUGAAUCAGAACAUACGGUCUAUUCUUUAUCUACAUGCCUCUAGUAAGGCUACCUCCAGACUAUUUCCCCUUACAUUGCCUAACAUCUCUCUGCUUAUGACUCUUUAGGAUUCUGCCUCAAUUCACUGUAUUCCACAUUCCCAUACUCUAAAAAUUAAAAUGAAAUUAAAAUUAUGGAUUUCCCUGACCUUGAGUUAUGGAAGUAACCUGUUUUAGGUGGCUGCCAAAUAUGUAUUAUCAUAUACAAGUAUCCUUUUCUGGAUGAAAAGGACCAUUCUCAUAGUCUAAGAAAAUUGUACUAUAGACAUAGUAUGGCACUAAGAAAUUGUACUAUAGAUAUAGGUUUAACUUCUCAAACCUGUAGAGGUUAGCAGCACAAAUCUGAAGUGACACAAAAGAAUACAUGGUAAAGACUUAGUAUGUAGCCUUAGUAUGUAUAUUAAAAAGCAGCUCAAAUUCAAAUGAAGCUAGGAUUUGGAAAAGAAACAGGGAAAAUAAGAAAGUAAAGGACCUUCUUCUCUUUGCUGUAAAUUAUCCUCUUUGUGAUGUAUGUAAACUAUUUUGUUGAGGUUGUGUUUUUAGAUACUCAGAUCUUAAUUUAUACUUGUGCUGGUUAAUGUGCUGAUAGCUAGGUCAAAAUCUUGAUGUACUGUCCAGACACAUAUAUGAUUAGUUCACAAAUGUUUACUGAAGUGAAAAGAAGUAUUCAAUGGGGUGAAGCUGUGGAAAGAUCACUUAUGAGUGUUCAAGAAUGUAUAAAUUAUCCUCUUCAUGAUGUAUGUAAACUAUUUUAUGUUGAGGUUGUUUUUAGAUAGUCAGAUCUUAAUUUAUACUUGUGCUAGUUAAUGUGCUGAUAGCUAGGUCAAAAUCUUGAUGUACUGUCCAGACGCAUAUAUGAUUAGUUCACAAGUGUUUACUGAAGUGAAAAGAAGUAUCCAGGGGGAGUAAGCUGUGGAAAGAUCACUUAUGAGUGUUCAAGAAUGUAUAACAAAGAGAGAGGUAUGUAAGUGGGACAAAAAAAUGAAUAAUGAAUGUGUAUAUGACUGGGGAGGGAGAAUGAGGAGGGUUAGGAAAGAGAGUGCAGUGGGAGAGAGGCAAAAAAAAAAAAAAAAAAAAAAAAAAAAAAAAAGAGGCAAUGAGAGUGCAUGGGAGACAUGAAAAAGGGCAGGUCAAACAAGGUAGAAUUGGUCCUAAAGGGAGCUGAUGGAAUCCACUCUGAAGCAUGAGAGCAAAGAUUUGAAAAGAGAUCUGAGAAAGGGUAGAAAAAGUAAGUGUCUUAAAAAGAACAGAAAAAUAUGGAUGGUUGAAGAAGAAAUACUGGAUGAUAGAGAUUAAAAAUGAAAAGGCAGGUACAGUAAUGGAAAUGGAAGUUGUUGUUAACAGUUAAGUACUGGUGAGAAGUCCACUCUCUGCCUGAACUGGACAUGAAUUUCCAAGUGUUACUUUGGACAUGAAGACCUAGACAUGGGGAGCUAAUGGUAGUUCCUAAAUCUUUGUGUUCCCUUCUCUUGCCUUUGUUAAUGAAAUCCAUUUUCAAGGAUGCCCACCAUUGCUGGGCCCAGAAUGGCCACCAUCAACUGGAAAAAAUAGGCAUAAGUUAGAUAAAACUAAAACUCUUUUGGUGGCCACACAAUGAGUUAUGUAUCAUGUUAGAAAUGUGUUUUUCUAGUCCCAUCUAGGCUUCCCACAAGAAAGCUGUGAUGUGGGGCUAGGCCAUGUGUUUUGAGUAAAGUAGAAUAAGAGGGGAGGGACUGAAGGAGGGAAAAAGGAAGAUGUUCCAAAGAAAUAUACUAAAACAACAGCAUCUGUUCUCCUCAGGAAAAAAAAAAAAAAAAAAAGAUGAAAAUAAUUACAAUGUAUAGCUAUUAUGUUUCUGAUCCUAAGUUGAAUUCAUAAACCUGGUUGCCAUCUUAGUCUUGUCUGUCCUAUUUCUGUUCUUUGCAGUGCAUGUGGUAGGUCCCUAAUGUUUCUGGAAGAUGCAGAUCCUGAUCUACUCUGGGAAAUACUUCUGGACUGAAAUUUCACAUUUUUAUAGAGACAGAUGAAUGUCUUUACCACUUGGUAAAAUUUUUAGAGUGCUGAAUUAAGGGGAAAAGAGACAGGGGUAGUUAAUGGCGAUUUGAUUUCUGGCAUUUUUGAGUCAUCUGUUCCAGUUAGAUACAUUACUUGGUGGCAGAAGACUAAUGAGUAAUUGUUUAGUUGCUGGCUCCUUUUUGAAAACUUUUUUAUUUUGAAAUAAGACUCUCAAGAAGUUUGAAAAUGAAGGAUAGAGUGACCUUACCCUAGAUCUAGUUUCCUCAACUGAUAAUAUUUUACAUAGCCCAUUUUCAACCACAGAAACUAUAGUCCCUUUGAACCAUUUUCAAAAUCAGAAAACUGACAUUGGUGUACUCCCCCUAACUAAAUCACAGAUUUUAUUUAGAUUUCACCAGUUUUACAAAUAUAUUUCUUUAGUUACUGAAUUAUUUUAACUCUUGAUAAUUUGUAACCUGUCCUUGCUUGGAUGUAUUAGGAAAGACACUAUCUGGAUACAUUCAUAGAAAAUUCAAGACAAUAUAACAAAUUAACACGUUCAUUUUUUGUUGAACAAUAUCCUCCCUCUCCCGUUUCUGAAUUUUACUAUUAGUUUUACAAUCCAAAAAUGUCUUAGAAGGAUUAGAUAAUACCAAAGUAAGAUCCAUCCAUCCAAAGAUUGUUGGGUAUAGAGACCCAGGUAUAGAAGGAAGUUCUGUAUGGUUCUUGCAGUUUCUACAGGUGAGUAGGGUUUUUAUCAAAGAAGGAAAUUUUCAAGUAAAUCAGUAUUUUGGUCGAGAGUUAGGUGGCACUUAAUGACACCAUGGAUAACUUGUGGAAAGAAUAUAAUAUAAUGUGUGAUAAAAACUGAUUUUGGAGUAGCAGAGAAACUGCAUUUGCCUAAAUAUCUAUUCUUAAUUGAAAUAACAACAUUGAGAGAAAUUGCAACUGUUUCUGUGGAUUACAACUUUUGAGUUUCGUGAUUGCCAUUUUUAAGCUGCCCCAUUUAAGGGUCACAAGACUGUAACAGUGUGUGUCUUGUAAAAUUCCUAGCACACCAGUGAACACUUGAUAAAUAUUUUCCAAAUGUUGUUUUUUGAAUGAAUAAAAGAUGGAGGAAAAAACCCUGUCAUCUAGUAUAACCAGGAUGAAUUUAAUGAGAAUUGCUUUGCUGUAAGAGAGGGUUUAUUUUCAAAUAAGAAAAGAGGAAAUAUUACUCAUACUUAUACCAGGUAAAAUAUAUUCUCCAUUUGCAUACUUGGUAAGAGUGAAAUUGAUCUAUGGAAAUGCUUCAUUCUUUGAGAUAAUUAGACAGUAGUGCAAGGUAGUUCUCAACACUGUAGCAGAUUAAAAGCAGGAACCAAACUCUGGUUCCAAACCCAGCUCAUUUGAAACAAGCUAUUCUCCUGUAGACACUUUGUCAACAUCUUUACAGGUGAAGGAAUCUGAGUCCCAAGCUAGCCUUUGCUCAGCCACAACUACAUUCCCAUGUCAAGGAAGAAUUUGAAAAAAAAAUGAAAACAAAGAUGAAAAAAAAAAAAAAAAACUUAAGGCAAAGUAUGUUGGGAUGAGAUGAGAUAAUUUACUUUCACCAUAAAAUUGUUUUCUUAAGAAGAGGUUUGGAAAUAACUGAAAGUUGGGAAAACUAUUGCACAUACACCAAGAGUCUGUAAGCUAGCCUAAUAAAUAGUUCUUUAUUGUUCAUGAUAUCCUGUUCUUUCCCCUUGUUGUCUGGUAACUUUUUUUGGAGGACUGAAUUUCUGCAGUGAUGAUGAGGAAACAUCUGGGCAUUAUUCUGCAGGCUUUGGAGGAUAAUGUGUCUUGCUGAGGGGUAAACAGCAAAUGGAUUUAAUUUCUGCUUAAAACUAUUAUAGUCAUUCUAAAAUAGAAUAAGUAAAAAUUCUCUGUAUUAGAAAGAAACAUGAUACCAAUUGUAUAUUUUCUUUAUUUAUUCUCUGUAAGUCUGUCAGACGAUAGACUGUAAAUAACAAUGAUUAAAGAGUCAUGAUUCUGA